AAAAACCCGGAUAGCGAAUAAUGCAAGCGAGUUAUAAAUACGAAAAAAUACGAGCGAAACAGCACACACUCCGAUUCGGCUUACUCAAUAUAAUAUAGCUUCUGUCGCAUACAUAAAUACAAGAUAAGUGGAAAACAUCGCUCGCCGCGUAUUUAAGACUACUGAUGCUUGAUAGUAACUAUUAGUAGCUAUCGAGACAGCGAUAAAUGAACUCCGUGUACUAACUGGAACGAAUCCUUAGUCGCGGUCUUGCUUUUUACUUAGUGUUUUGUUGUUGAAAGUGUGACGCUGGAUAGUGUGCAAAAUGCUUUCUUCGGAUGAGAAUCCUCGUGCGUUGAACAGAACUUUUCCUCAAGGUGGUGAAAUUGAACGCGUUCCCCCUAGUAGCGAUCAACUUUUGGACAAUUUGCCGUGGUUAGAGAUUAUGGCGGAUAUCGCAAUUGCAGCUGCUAUUUCGGAAAUCAAGUUCAAGCGCAUGCUCAAUAAGGAAUUGUCCCACUUCUCGGAGUCUAGCAAAUCAGGAAACCAAAUAUCAGAAUACAUCUGUUCCACUUUUCUUGAUGACGUCGGUGAGCCGCCCGCCAAAACCGCCCAGCGCAAAGACCGCCCACGGGGCGGCCCCUCCACCAUGUCCCAGAUAUCGGGCGUCAACCGGAAGCUGUUGUGCCACACGAACAGCUUCGCGGGCGAGAAGCUGCCCACGUACGGAGUGGAGACCCCGUACGAGGACGAGCUGGGCAAGAGUUUGCUGACCAUCGAUCAUUGGGGGAUCGAUAUCUUCAAGAUCGGGGAGCUGAGCAACGGCAGGCCGCUGACUUGCAUCCCGGCCAAGACGUUCGUCACCUUUAUGAUGACCCUCGAGGACCACUACGUCAAAGACAACCCCUUCCACAACUCGCUGCACGCCGCCGACGUCACCCAAACAACGCACGUCCUCCUCAACACCCCCGCCCUCGAAUCCGUCUUCACCCCCUUGGAGAUCACCGCUGCCCUCUUCGCAGCUUGCGUGCACGACGUUGACCACCCCGGGCUGACCAACCAGUUCCUCAUCAACUCCAGCUCCGAGCUGGCCUUGAUGUACAACGACGAGAGCGUGCUGGAGAACCACCAUCUUGCCGUUGCUUUUAAAUUAUUGUCCAAUGACGGCUGCGACAUCUUCUGUAAUAUGACGAAGAAGCAGAGGCAGACGCUGCGCAAGAUGGUCAUCGAUAUGGUGUUGAGCACCGAUAUGUCCAAGCAUAUGAGCCUGCUGGCCGAUCUGAAGACCAUGGUGGAGACCAAGAAGGUUGCAGGAGUAUUGUUACCUUCAGCUUCAAAAAGUCCUCAAAAGUAUCAGUGCUCCAAGCUGUCGUUGUACAACGACGAAACAGUGGUGGAGAACCACCAUCUUGCUUUCAAGGUGCCAAGAGAAUCUUUGAACCACCGCAGUCCUAGGAAUAUUUGUCGCUCUGUUUUCUCCAGCUUCAUCAAGUUCUUCUUAAAAGUAUCAGUGCUCCAAGCACACGAGCCUACUGGCCAAUCUGAAGACCAUGGUGGACCGAAGAAGGUUGCAGGUUCCGGCGUCCUGCUGCUGGACAACUACACUGACCGCAUCCAGGUGCUGGAGAACCUCGUGCACUGCGCUGACCUCAGCAAUCCCGCCAAGCCGCUGGCGCUCUACCGCCGGUGGGUCGGCUUCAUCGACUACAUCGUGCACCCCCUGUGGGAGACGUGGGCCGAUCUGGUGCACCCCGACGCGCAGGAUAUCCUCGACACUCUGGAGGAGAACCGGGACUGGUACCAGAACGCGAUACCGCCCAGCCCGCCCCCGGAGGAUGUACCGGAUCCGAUGCGGCCCGGCAUUCGGUUCCAGGUGACGCUGGAAGAGGGCGACGCCGAAUGCGAGACGGACGCCCCGAUGUGACGGAGGCUGGCCGGCCUCUGCAGAAAGCUCACCGAGAAGGUGCACCAGUGGUGGCGCGUCAGGCAGUAGGCGCUGGCGUCCUCUGCCCCCCCACCCAGACCUCCCCCCUCCCCCGCCACCCCGAGUUUUGCCCCCUUUAUGCCCGCGCUGGCGCGGCCUUUGUUAUGUUUGCAUCUCGCUUCUCUCGACUGACGAUUUACUACCGGAUUUUUUGUUUGUUGGUCUCUUGUUUUUCUCCCUAGCCUUUUUCCUACUCGUUCGGGCUGAGGCACGCAGCCUGCUGGUGAUUUUUUUUUACCCUUUGCCACCCCUAUUUCCCGAUGGGCCAGUCGGCAGAGCGAGAGAACUUGUACUAUAUGAGGUGACACAGUGCUUAACAGACAAGUUGAGCCUGCUUUGAGAGAGGAAUGAGUAAUCAAACUUCCAUAAUGUUGGUUCUACAUUGGUAGAGGUUUUUAGGUUGUCUAGUCACAUACAAUUGUAUUGAGAAAAACAUUAACAGGUAUUAGAAAGAGAAAUAAUUAACGUCAUCCUAUAUUUGCGUGAAACGGGCGAUAGGGAAUUGAGUUGCGUUUUAUUUGUUUCAUUCUGGUAACGGUGGUGGGAAAAUAAUGACGUUUGCAAAUAAAACAACAAUCUUCAUGACCUAGCAUGAGAAUAGAUGAUAAAACUUAAAUUUAUAUAUUGUUGCUCCGAAUAAUUUCAAAAUCAUAUCACUAGAGUUGAAGAUCAAAAAAAUAAAUCAACGCAUAUCUGUAGCAAUGCUUGUGCAUGCUGAUUGGAGAUAGUUCUCCGAGAUCGAGAGGAUUCAUUUUAUCUGGGAAUGAAGAUUUGAAACCUGUCUUACUCGGAAGAAUCAAAACUUGUGAAGCUCAAGAUGCAAAUGUGUUCUAAUCGUGUUCCACUUCCGAAAAGAUUAGUUUUUCCUCAAUCCACAUCAUUCCUUGUAGUGAGACGGAAUGAAAAGUAGCAACCGGAAUCGGAAAAGUUGCAAAUAAAACGACACAUUGAAGAGAUUCCGGGGUCGGAAUCGGAUAAAUAAAACGCAACUAUUGUUUACCAAAAGUUGACAGUUGUCAUAGGUUGUCAAACAUACAAAGCAUUAGUUGCGUUUUAUUUAUCCGAUUCCGCUACCGGAAUCACUUAAGUGUGUCGUUUUAGAAGGAGACGUGAAUGAUUGGCGAAGAACGAAACUUUUUGAAAGAUGAAGACAGCCACAAGACAUUUUUAUUAUUCUUUAAAGUAAGGUACGUUUUAUAUGGUUUCAUAUCUUCAUUCACAGAUCAAAUGUAAUCUCUCGAGAGAACUUUCACCUAUCACCGCAAUCACUGUUCCAAAUAUGCGUUAAUUUAUUUUCUUGAUUUUUAACUCUAGUACUUUGAUUUUGAAAAUAUUUGGAGCCCAAAUAUAUGAAUAUAACCUCGAUAAUCUAUAAUAUGUCUAUUUCUUUCGUGGGAGGAUUGUAACUUCAUGAAGUUUCUCGUUCUAUUUGUAAAUGCGUCAACCUGUUCCAUCCACCGUUACCAGAAUGAAACAAAUAAAAAACAAUUAUUGGUUGAGCCAGUUUUACACAACUAGAACUAGGCUGACGUUAACCUCUCUUUUAAAUACUUCCGCUUACAACUCAGGGUUACAACGUUGAUCAAUGAUUAUUUCAUGUAGGUACCGAAAAACAUGAGAAGAAGACUCUUUCAACCUCAUUUACAUUCUCCUUCAGAGUUACCAAUAUGGAAUUUUCAUUCAGGGUAGAAGGGAAGACAUGUUUGUCUCUAUCAACGCUGGCUAUCGAGUAGGUACCUUCUGAUUGGGCCUUUUCGGCAACAUAUUCGGGUUUAGUCGGUCCAUCGAUGGUUAUAAUGUCACUAUCUCGGGCACUAUGCUUUUUCUUGAACAAUACUUUUUGGAAGAAUCGCGUUUGCAACUUCAAACACUGAAUUUUGAUAGAUUCUAUAGUAGCAAUUGGAUGUUUUGAGUUGCAAGCCUGAUUCUUGUACAGAAUGGACAUAAAGUGUCAUAGGCCAUAAACAUAUUGUAACGGUGACAAGAGCAAUAUUAGCGUCGAUGGAAACGACGAUUGGAGCUACAAAAUUCGGCGAAUGAUUACGAGUUUUCGUUCUCAAAACAAUUUGAACAUGUCUCGAACAUUAUCUAAUAUACCAAACAUACAUGCUGUCGAUAAACCAACCUAUAACUACCGCACAAUAGUUGAUUUUAUAGUUAUGGACUCCUUUCAUGUCCACCAGAUUUGUUGAUAUUAUCAAAUUGUUAGAUGAAUUCAAAGUUUAAAUGUCAUUGUUACCAUCCUUUUAUUGUGCAAGAUGUUCUAUGUUCCUAAUUUGAACGAUUCUCUAGUUUGACCUACAUAUGUUUUUUCGCAAUAUCUACAUGAUUAUCUUAUCCUCUUACCGAUAUAGACCAUGAUUUAUGGAAUGGUGAAUAAAAAAAACCUUGAAACAGUCACGUGACCUCAUUGGAUCGGUUCGGUGCGGUGAUAUGUUCUCGAAAAGGCCAAUAUUUGAGAUGAAAGGAUAAUUGACUAAAUCAGAAAUCAAAUUGAUUUAAAAAAAAUAAUUGAUGUUGGGAAUCUCCUCUCCAAAGAGCAUUAUCAUUGAUAAGAGCAUAUUUUUUUGCACAUGAAUACAGGGUGUUCCUGAAUUCAAGUGACAAUGGCCUGAGGUAGAUUCAUUUCAUACAUGAAUGUCCGAAAACGGUUCGUACACAGAGUGUUGAAAUUCAAUAUAUAAGAAUUAUUUUGACGAUUUGAAUAACAUUUUUACAGCUUCUUGAAAAGUUCAUGAGGUAUCUUUAUGGAUCACUCAUAGUUAGUUGAGCAUGAAAAGUAACACCAAUAGCUUCAUCUUUCAUGGUUUUUUUGGUUAAUGCAAUUGAGAAUUCAACUUUCAGGUUUCUCGAUGUUUUCCUUUCUAACCAACUUUGUAUCCGAAAAAAAGACUAUAGGAACUAAUUGAAAAAAAAAUGUUAGAGUGAAAAACUCUUUUCUCUUUAAAAACGAACUAUUUUCGGGCAUAUGCGUGUAUGGGAAUGUUUCUUCUUAUUUUUAUGGAAAAAAUCUUCCAUGAGUUUCAGUAAGUUCAGAACCUUUUCCGACUGGCCUAGCAGACAGAAUGUAGCUCUUGUGAGUACUUUUUCGAAUUUGGAUUUUCUACUAGAGAGACCUUGGUGUAUUUUGAUCGUGGAUUUUUACUUGACAGAGUUUAGACAACUAAUGUUUUGGCUUUUUUACUGUUUUCUGACUUAUGUUUUUGUGAUUCAUGUGUGUCAAAAAUAUAUUUAUUAAAAAAAAAUUUGAAUACUUAUUAUUUUUUUUAUAAAACACUAGAUUCCGCAUGUGUGACAAAUGAAGAAUGAACUGCUGUUGAUUUGAAAUUUCAUACAUCAAUAAUAUGUAAUAAUUGCACGACAAUAAUUUUCAAAGACAGAUGAAGCAAGUUGAAGUUAACUCACUAUUAUUGAGAAAAUAGAGAAAAUAGCAAUACUAUGAUGAACUUGUUGAAUUGAAAUGCUUCAGAUGUUAGUGAUAAGUUAACAGAUUAUAUAUUUUUAAUGUGUUUGUUGAUCGCACAAAUAUAAUUGAGAAUAUUUUUUGUUCUUUCCUAUGGCGAAGUUGAUAACAAUACCAUGUUAUAUACAGUACGUCUUGCUACAAGUCUAAUCACACUGGUACUAAGGAAUAAGGAGGAUAGCUCCAAAUUAUCUUUUUCAGAAUUGAGAGUGAUAUACUGGGAGUUCAAUUAAUAAACUAUAAUUAGAAAAAAAUUACGAAAAUCAGAAUGAAUAGCAUACGUAUAGGCAUGGGAUGAAAAAUAAUAUUGAAAAAUAUCAAUUUUCACUUGUUGAAAUGUUCAUUUUUACGAAUUCAAGAUUGAAAUCAUUUAUUUAUUUAUUGAAAAUGUGACUCGCAGUCAGAAACAAGUUCAGGUAUAAGAAAGUAUAGUUACCAAUAAUACCUAACUAUCCAAUUAUAAGAAACUCAAAAAUAAUAAUAUUUUAGAUACAUUAAAUAUGAAAUUCAUUUCAUUGGUGAACAAAAAUCAAUUUGAAUAGCAAUCAAAAGGAAAAGGAAAAAAGAAAAAAUAACCAUCUAUUUCGUUCAGAAAUUAUACAUUUUUCAAACUCGUAUUUGAAAGAUAGCAUUUCUGCAAUUUUUAUAUCAUCUGGUGAUUUUUCAUACUCAAACAGAGCAACAUGGGUGAACCUUUUUUGACCUGUAGGAGAAUUAGCAAUAUCAAGAUGAAAUAAACUAUGUUGCCUAGUUUGGUAAUCAUGAAUUUCAUUGUUUCAUGUUGAAAUAAAAUUGGAUUUCAAUCUUUUAUUUGUGAUAUUUUCAAUUUUGAACAUUUCUUCUAAUGAGAAUGAUUGUGUUAUUUUAUACAGGGUGUCUCUGAAAGGUCUGUACACAAUCUAACCACAUAUACCUGAGGUCAAAAUGGGCCGAUUGAAAUUAACUUACCUCAGUCCGAAAUUGCUCCAUUUCCUAGAUACAGGGUGGGUACAGUACAGUUAAGAAAUGAAAAUCGAAUUUUUCAAAUUUUAUGGUUAUUUUAAAAAGUACCACUUCAAAUAUUGGUAGCCAAUGGCUUUUUGGGGUGCGAAACCCGAAUACGGACACCCUUUCACUGUGGCCAUUAGAGGGCGCUUACAAAUGCGCUUCUUAUGGUUUGGAAUGGCCAUAACUUUUUUUUCAGUGUAGUUUUCACUUUUUUGUUGAGAAAAUAUUUUUCUGAAUAUUUUCAAGCGAAAAAUGUGCUCUUUGGAAAAUCACGGAAUUGCGCCAUUUUCGACAUAGGUAUUUCGGUUUUGAGUGUUCGAUGCCGCACCGGAAUAUUCAAAUUCUUUUAAAUAAAAAAUGUUUGCUGUAAUUUUCAUGGAUGUAUAUUGAUCAGUUAGUGAGCAGUGUAAAAAUGGAUUUUUCAAAAUACUUUUUGGAGUGUGCUUACCAAUUUUUAUUUUUAAAUUUGCUUUAAAUCGACUCAUUUUUAACUCAGGACUAUGUGCUAAGAUGUUGUGCCGACCUUUCAGGACCUCCCUAUAUAACUCCCUCUAUAUCAUUGUUUCAAGUAUAUUUUGAACAAAAAAAAUUUACUGUUUAAGUGGGACACCAUCUAUAAUCUAUUAAAUAGAUGGCAAGAGAAGAUACCACCCCUGUAACAUUUGAAUCUUACAAAAUGAAAAGUUGGGUGUUAUAAUGCCACUUUGAAAAUUAUUUUGAAAAGUAUCACAUAAGUUAUAAAGAGUCUUUGAUGAAAGUUAGCAGCAGUUUAAUAGGUGGACAUCACAUUUUUUAUUUCAUAUCAUCAGAGUUUAUGUAUACAUUUUUCGUAAAAAAUCAUAUUCACUCAUCACCUAUGUAUACUGAAAAUAAAAAAAAUCAUUCUCGAAGCAUUGUGUGUUUGACGUGCCCAGUAAGAUAGGCCUUACAUUUUUACUAUAUUCACGUAACAUGGGGCUAACUUUUUUCACUUGAGUUCAUAAGUAAUUCUACUAGAUAUAAAUAAUACAUUUCUGUGUUGAAACUGUUAGCUUGAAAGAGAGUGUGUGCUCUUUUAGCAAUAGAGUGUUCUGCAAUGAAAUUUGACUCGAUUUUUGUAAGUUUCGAUACCCCCCAAAUGUUUCAAUUCAUUUUUUCGCUUAUCCCUGAAUAAGGAGACAUAUCUACUCGAUGUAGUGCUUUCAAUGACAAUGAUUCAAAAUGCAAUAAAGUGAGUGCGACAACGGAAAUUGUGUACCAGGUUACCAGAUUAUAUUCCAAAUCCAACUGUCAGUAGUGCCACUGAAUCGUUAAGCACUUGCACUUAACUGACAUCCGUCAGUUACUUCAUCAGCAACUAAUUUUUUUUCAAGGUUAUGUCAUGACAUGAACACAGACUUAUUAUACCAACAUUUGAUGAUUCAAUGAUUCCAUGAGGGGGACAAGGAAAUGCCGAUCAAAUUACUGAAAUACAAUUGAGUAUUCUGAAAUACAAUUGACUAUUCCUAAAGACAAUUGACGCUUUCUGAACUACAAGUGAUUAUUUUAAAAUUAAAUUGACGCUUUCUGAAUUUAAAUUGACGCUUUCUGAAAUACAAUAAAAUUGGUGCUUUCUGAAAUUCCGUCUGAAAUACAAAUGACCAUUCUGAAAUGCAAUUGAUACUUUCUGAAAUACAAGUGUCUAGUCUGGAAUAAAAUUGACGCUUUCUGAAUUUGAAUUGACGCUUUCUGAAAUACAAUUGAUCCUUUCUGAACUACAAGUGAUUAUUUUAAAAUUGAAUUGACGCUUUCUGAAAUACAAUAAAAUUGGUGCUUUCUGAAAUUCAAUUCACCCGUCUUAAAUACAAAUGACCAUUCUGAAAUGCAAUUGAUACUUUCUGAAAAACAAGUGACUAGUCUGGAAUAAAAUUGACGCUUUCUGAAUUCAAAAUGACGCUUCCUGAAAUACAAUUGAUGCUUUUUGAAAUUCAAUUGACAAUUCGUAUAUACAAUUGAUAUUUUCUGACAUACAAGUAACUAUUCUGAAAUACAAUUGACGCUUUCUGAAUUAAAAUUCAUAAUUCUGAAAUACAAAUUGCGCUUUCCGAAAUACAAAUUACGCUUCCUGAAAUACAAUUAUUGAUGAUUUCGAUGAAUACACGUGAUUAUUCUGGAAUACAACUUUGAUGAUGCUGAAUUGAAACUGGAAAAGAUAAGGAGAAUGAAAAUCCAGCAAUGCAUGACCGUGUUUGAAUAUGAAUAGUUCAGUCUCCUCGGGAAUAAUAAGUCUAUGGUCAUGAAUGAAAUGUAGUUAGUUGAUGAAAACAGAUUUUUUUUGUGCAUUAUAUUCCAAAACACUGAGCAGAAAUCACGAUUGAGAUUGAACCACGAAGCACAAAAUCAAAAACACUCUUUUUAAACCAUUUCAAGAUGUCCCAAAAUAUUUAGGAGACAUUUAGUAGACGAAUUUCUGGCAUCAACUUCUACAAUGUAUUGUAUCAAUGGUAUCUGUCAUCGUUGAUAAGAGUUGACAGACUGUCGGAUUCAGUAACUAUUCACAGCUGAAUUCGGAAUAUUAACCGAUUGACUCGCCAGCUCAUAUUACAGUGUUGUUCUUUAGGUAAAAUCGAGACUACCAAAGAAUAUUUUUUGGUUUCGGUAUAUCGCGUAAGCUGUAACUUAUGGUGGUAUGCAACAUUUACAUAGUCCUAGUCUUUUAGUUCUAAGCACAGUCUUAGUAUUAAUUUUUGUCUUAAAGAACUUGAUUUAAGCAUAAGAGUCAUGUGAGAAUUUGUGGUUCUUUUUCUAUCAGAGAUGAGGAAAAUUAUCUAUCAAACUUAUCGACAUCUGAGCUUUCUCAUAAUAUUACUUUGGAACAUGUAAACAACAAAUCAUCAACAAUUCUAUCAAAGGAGCAUGCGCCAAAUCCACAUAACAUAAGCAUAAGCAUAAAAGUUCAAAUUAAUCAACUUUCAAGGUCGUUUCUUAUGCUUAAGACUAAAAUUGUGGUGUAAACGGCCUCAAGCAAGUACCUCAGUUCAACUUCUAGUUAUGCUUAAAAUUAUGACUAUGAUUAGGAUUAUGCAAAUGUUUCAUAAAUCUACCAUUAUACGAACCUGUCAAGUAGAAAUCGGUCAGUGUUUAUCGAAGGGUAUCCGAAUGUUCACCCUUUUGGCCUUUCCACGACCCUCGACACGCCUUAACUAGAAAGAAACCACCCUCCUAUACUAACUGAACAUCUGUAUAUAGUCAUAAUGUCCUUUGGUGUAAUACUCAGCCCCGUGUAUGUAUAGGUACUAUGUGUCAUGUCAGCUAUGUUACAUAAGUAAAGCUCUCUCAUUUUA